AUGUCUUGCCAGAUUGUGUCUUCAGUACUUGAGCAGAAGAUUCCAAAUUGGGAAAUAUAUGAAGCCCAACUCAAAAUUCCAUCGGGCUAUAAGUUAGCUGACCCAACCUGGUUUGUCUCUCAGCCCAUUGAUUUGCUUAUCAGCAAUGAAUUCUAUAAUGACCUAAUUUCUGGUGCAGUUAUCAAUCUAGGCACUGGGCUGCCAGUUCUGAAGGAGUCCUGCCUAGGCUGGGUAAUUUCUGGUCCAUAUCAACCAGAACCAAAUCCCAUAACAUGUUCAGUUGUUGCUACAACACUUGCUUCCAUUGAUGUUACAUUGAAAAAAUUCUGGGCUUCGGAAGAAAUCGAGCCACCUCGCCAUUCCAAUUCUGACCAUUUAAAGGUGGAAGAGAUUUUCCGAGAAACCACAAUUCGCGACGCCACUGGUCGUUAUGUUACACAUAUCCCAUUUAAGCCCAAUCUCACUCGACUUGGCACUAAUUUGCCAAAUGUCACAAAGCAAUUUUUGCCGUUGGAAGCUAAGCUCCAGAGGAACCCCACUCUCAAAGCCAAUCACGACAAAGCGAUGUCGGAGAAUUUUACUCUUCAAUUUUUCGAAAAGGUUCCAGACGAAGAAUUGAAUCGACCCUCUUACUAUUUACCCCACCAUGCCGUGGUAAAGACCACUGAAAAUUCCACCAAAACAAGAGUUGUCAUGAAUGCCAGUUCAAGAAGCCAAACAGGGCUCAGUCUUAAUGAUGUUGCCAUGAUGGGCCCCAUAGUCCAACUUGAUAUUGUCGAAAUCCUUCUACGAUUUCGAAUGAAUGAGUUCGCCUUUACAUGUGACAUUGAAAAGAUGUAUCCUCAAAUUCUUAUCCAUCCCCCUCACCGUGAUUAUCACAGAAUUUUGUGGAAAUUUCAUCCAGAUCAUCCCAUAACACAUUAUCGUGCCAGAGGAGUUUGUUUUGGUGUUACAUCAUCCCCAUUUUUAGCCACUAGGGUCUUGAAUGAUCUAUCUGAGCAAGGAAAAUUCACUCAUCCAUUGGCCAGUCAUCUGCUCACGCACAAUUUUUAUGUGGAUGAUUGUUUGGUAUCUGUGUCAUCAGUCGAACACGCCCGCCAGUCGAUUGAAGAACUACAAGAUCUUUUAUCAAGUACUGGUAUGAAAUUGGCCAAAUGGAAUGCUAAUGAUCCUAGUAUUGUAGCCCCAUCAUCUUUCAGUUCUGACCAAAGUUCAGCUCACACAAACUCAUCAGCUCUUGGCAUGACGUGGCACUCAACUACUGACCGCUUUCAUUAUAAACUAUCACUCGACUUUACCUUAGCUCGCACAAAAAGGGACAUUCUUGCUUGUGUUGCGUCGCUGUAUGACCCAUUAGGUUUAAUAGGUCCUACUGUUUUACGCGGAAAAUUAAUCCUCCAAGUAAUGUGGAAACAUGAGUUAGGAUGGGAUCAACCCAUCCCUAAUCACAUCCUUGUGGAAUGGAUGCGUUCCUCCAAAGCUCUGCCCCCUAUUAAAGCCCUGACCAUUCCACGCUGGAUAUCCAAUAUGUCUGGGUCGAUACUAAGGGAAGUCCACAUAUUCACAGAUGCCAGUUCAUAUGCAUACGGUGCUGUAGCAUAUGCUGUCACUGAAAACCUUCAAGGUCACUUAAUGGUGAUAAAUUAUUAUGGCUAA